AUGACUGAAUUGAAUAUUAUUGAUAAUAAUGAAAAACAUAGUAAAUAUAAAUUAUAUAAAUAUUGUAGAAAUUAUAUAAAUGAUUUUAAAAAUAAAUAUAUGAUGGGUUAUUCAUCGAAUUUGUAUAAAAAUAGCCCGAACAAAUAUUACUACGACAUUAGAAAUAAUAAUAAUAAUAGUGGUUAUUAUUAUAAUAAUUAUAAUAAUGGUUAUCAAUUGCGAAAUAAAAGAAAUCGUAGUUUUGAGACUGUAAGUAAUUCAAAAAACAAACAUAAAUUUUCAAAAAAAUAUAAAUAUAAUAAUGAACCCCAUGAAAGUUUUAGAGACUAUGAUUACAAAAAUAAAUCUAGUUAUUCCUCUGUAAAAAAAAUUUAUGAUAGGGAACAAAAGCGUUAUAACAAAAUGUUUGUAGAGUCAAGAUAUAAUGAAGAUCAUAAGAAUAAAUAUAUUAAUAAUUAUAAUCUAUCAAGGAAAAGAAAUUAUUAUUCUUAUAAAAAAAGAAUAUAUACUGAUAGAAGAAAUUUUGAUACUCAUUUUGGACAAGGUAAUAUAAUAUAUAAUAAUGAAUAUUACCUAAUAAAUGAUGGUUCUAGUUUAAAUAAAAAAAGGUUACAUUAUGCCAAGUCCAGCUUUAGAAGUAGAUCUAGAAGUAAAAAUUAUAAUACCUAUAAUUUGGAAAAGUCAAAAAAAAUGAAAUAUAAUAGUAGACAUAAUAUUUAUAGAUAUCAUAAUGGAAAUAAAAAUAAAUCCAUCUCAAGAUGGGAAAACAAUAAUACAUCUAAAGAUCUAUAUCAACCCUCAAGUUCUUUGCAUAAAUAUAAAAAGAGGAGUAAUUUUACGAGGGAUGACAAUUCCAUAAAAUCAAAGAUGAAUUAUGAGAAUAAAAAGACGGAUCAACUUUAUAGUUAUGAGGACAAAUAUUACAACAAGUAUGAUGACAAGUAUGAUUAUGGAGAUGAAGAAUAUAAACAAGAAUAUUAUGAGAGGAAAAAAAUUUCCUUUAAUAAUAAUCAGAGCAGUAUAAAUUAUGAUGACGUUCAAAGAGAAGUAAAAAAGAGGAAAAAAAAAAAAUAUUCCAAUGAAUCCAAAGUUUAUGAUUCAUUAAAAACAAAUGAAACUAAUCAUCAUAUUAAUAAUAAUUCUUAUUUAAAUGAUAUAAAUAAAAAAAAUUCGAAUAUAUCAAAUAAUUAUGUCCCAUUAAGAAACAGAAAAAGAGAUAAAGAAUAUAUCAGUGAUAGUAAUAAAAGUGGGCUUUCAAAUAAAAGUAGCCAUUAUAAACAAAAGAAAAAGUUGCAUGUAGACAAUUAUGAUAAAGAUUCAAAUAAUAGAUCUAUUUCUAGAACAUCGUCGGAUAAUUAUUCUAGAAAAAAAUAUACACAUAAAAGAAAUAGGACGAACACCACCGAUACUGAAGAUAAAAAAGAAAGGAAAAAGAAAAAGAAAAAAAAGGAAAAUAAUGAAUCAGAUGAUGAAAUUGUUCAUUUUAGUUGGAAAAAAGGUAUGCUAUUAAAUAAUUGCUUUUUAGUUAUACGAAAAAUGGGAGAUGGGACAUUUGGUAGGGUUUUAUUAUGUCAACAUAUAGAUAAUAAAAAAUAUUAUGCUGUAAAGGUUGUUCGAAAUAUAAAGAAAUAUACACGAUCAGCUAAAAUUGAAGCAGAUAUUUUAAAAAAAAUACAAAAUGAUGAUAUUAAAAAUAAUAAUAUUGUUAAAUAUCAUGGGAAAUUUAUGUAUUAUGACCAUAUGUGUUUAAUAUUUGAACCAUUAGGUCCAUCAUUAUAUGAAAUUAUUACAAAGAAUAAUUAUAACGGAUUUCAUAUUGAAGAUAUUAAAUUAUAUUGUAUAGAAAUAUUAAAAGCUUUAAAUUAUUUACGUAAAAUGUCUUUAACACAUACAGAUUUAAAACCUGAAAAUAUUUUAUUAGAUGAUCCAUAUUUUGAAAAAUCAUUAAUAACUGUUAGAAGAGUUACUGAUGGAAAAAAAAUACAAAUUUAUAGAACCAAAUCAACUGGUAUUAAAUUAAUUGAUUUUGGUUGUGCAACAUUUAAAAGUGAUUAUCAUGGUUCUAUUAUUAAUACUAGACAAUAUAGAGCUCCUGAAGUUAUAUUAAAUUUGGGUUGGGAUGUAUCUAGUGAUAUGUGGAGUUUUGGUUGUGUUCUGGCUGAAUUAUAUACGGGUUCUUUAUUAUUUAGAACCCAUGAACAUAUGGAACAUCUUGCUAUGAUGGAAAGUAUUAUUCAACCUAUACCAAAAAAAAUGUUAUAUGAAGCAACCAAAACAAAUGGAUCCAAAUAUGUAAAUAAAGAUGAAUUGAAAUUAGCUUGGCCAGAAAAUGCAUCUAGUAUCAAUUCUAUUAAACAUGUUAAAAAAUGUUUACCCUUGUAUAAAAUAAUUAAGCAUGAAUUGUUUUGUGAUUUCUUAUAUUCCAUAUUACAAAUAGAUCCAACACUUCGACCAUCCCCCGCCGAAUUAUUAAACCACAAGUUCCUUCAGGAAAAUUAUGAGUACUAUUAA